UUUCAGAUUCUCAGUCUUAACAGAUGCAUUUUAGAAGAUUCUAUUUCUGAGAAUACGAUCAACCUGGUUUCUAAUGAUGCUCAAGCCAUUGAAAGAUCGCUAUAUUAUAACUUUAUUUUUACCUUGGUUCCCCUGGAUAUUCUUUGCGCGCUGGCUCUGAUGUGGUAUUUAGUCGCCUGGCAAGCGAUGAUAGGAGCUUCUAUCUUUCUGUUGGUCUCCGUGUACAAUUCCAUUGCAGCUAGCAAGGCUGGAAAGAUUCGCAACAAGGCAGCUGCACAAACCGAUAAACGACUCACGGUUAUAAAGGAAAUUGUGACUGGAAUCCGGGUUGUAAAGAUGUACACUUGGGAAUGGAACUUUAGAGAUCUGAUUGCCCAAAUUAGAAGGUUUGAGCCGAAUUUUCACUACGGUUAUCUUAUUCUAAUUUCCCAAACGUUACCAAUACGGUGUUGUUACUCAGGCAUUAUUCAUUCCUUUAAAAGCUCAGCAAAUGAAAGGUAUAAGUAAUUAUCCCCCAGUUAGUAUCAAAAAGUAAAAACAAAUAAGCUUAUUCUCAUCUGAGCCAUCUUAGCGGUUCUGAAUCAUAUGAAUAUACACUAAGCGGAAAGACUAGCACCGAACAGAUAAUGUGUCACAAUUUGGCGUGUGGUCAAAGGUCUGACUUUCUUUUUUCAAAUGCAUGUUUUAAAUAGUUUUCUAAAUCUUUAGAUUCGAGAAGAAUUUUUUUUCGGGGCAUGCUGUUUCUUAAUCUUGACCUAGGAGUUAAAUUGCUUUACAUGAAAAUCAGGCCCCAGUUGUUCAACUGGUAGAUAAAGCUAUCAACUGGAUAAAUCUCUAUCCAGUGCAUAACGUAAUUGCUUCCCCUAAUACCAUACACCACCAUUGGUUUCCCCGCGAAAUGACGUCUGAGAAACGAUUGCAGAAAUUCUAUACUGAUGAAGUGUCUUCUACAGUGUACCUAGAUCUGGGCAGUGCUUCUGAUUUGCUUGAUUUGGGUAGUGCUUCAUCAUUUCGCGGGAAAACUAGUGUUGGUGUCGCGAAAUUUAGGUUGGUUUCUUAGGCUAAAAUUUAUCUGGUGGAUAGCGCUAUCCAACAUUUAAACAACCGGGUCCGGAGCUUGAAUUUUCUAAUAAUGUUUUUAGGAAAGAAAUCAGUUUGAUCCGUGCCAGAGGAUUCAUCAUCUCAAGUAUCUAUGCGUCGUUCUUCACCAGCGGUACUGUAGCGGGAUUUAUCUCAGUCAUGGCACUUGUUCUUUCAGGACAUUCUCUCACGUCUUUUAAUGUGUUCACGUUACUUAAUAUCCUAAGCAACCUCAAACUGUACGUAACAAUAUUAAUUGGAGACUGCUUACGCAAUCUUGCAGAUGCAAAAAAUUCAUGUGACAGAUUACAGAGGUUAAUUGAAAAGAAAGCUCCUUUGAAGGUCAACGUAGGAGAUGUGCAUACCCUGCUUCCUUUGGAGGUUUACUGCAAAGGCAGACAAUACAAACCACAAUUUAUUAGAACUGAGAGCUUUAGACCAGGAAAACCGGUUUUGAUAAGUGCUCGAAAACGCGAGAAAAAUCACAAAAUUCAAGCCCAAGCCGUUCUAGCAAACGUCUCCAGCUUUUGGAACUUUUCGUCGGAUCGUGCAGCUUUCCAAGAUGUAUCAAUGUCCGCUACUUGUGGGCAACUUGUGGGAAUUACUGGACCAAUUGGAAGUGGUAAAACAUCUUUGUUGAUGAGCAUCCUGGGAGAACUUCCGAUAUCGUCUGGCCAUAUCUCUUGCACUGGAAAAAUGGCUUACGUCUCCCAGACGCCUUGGGUGUACUCUGGGACCGUACGCGAAAAUAUAGUUUUUGGAAUGCCUUUCUGUGAAGAAAAGUACAAUGCGAUUGUUGAAGUCUGCGACAUGAAAAAAGAUCUAACGAGCUUUCCAAAAAACGACCUAACUGAAAUUGGACAGCGUGGGAUAAUUCUAAGUGGCGGUCAGCGUGCACGGGUUAGUCUGGCGCGAGCAAUCUAUUCAGAUGCGGAUAUCUACUUAUUGGAUGACCCACUUAGCGCGGUGGACGCGAAAGUCGCCAAACAUUUAUUCAAUCGAUGUAUAAAAGAGUUCUUAGCUGGACGAGUGCGUAUUUUGGUCACCCAUCAUUUACAAUUUCUCCAACAGGCAGACAAAGUUCUUAUGCUUGAAAACGGCUCCGUUGUGUAUCAAGGCACAUUGAGCCAAAUGGACAAAGAUCGACAAGGAAAUUUUACAUAUUUGACUCAGGAAAGGCUUGAUACCGACGUGAGGGAUAUCAUGAAGGUCCCUCCUGGAUAUGAAACUGUCCGUGCUGUGACUGCUAUAGAUAAACGUAAAGAAAGAGUGGAUCUGAAGGAAGAGGAUGAGGACAGAAUGGUCGGUACUGUCAAGGCGCUAGUCUACUGGAAGUAUUUUCGAGCAGCGCUUCCAGCGGGUUUGAUUGUCAGCCUCGCUGCCUUCUUCGUUGUCGUCCAAGGUAUCUGUUCGGUUUAAGUUCAUGCAGCUUAGAAACUCUGUAACGAUACUCGUCACAAAUCGUUGAAACAGAAACCGUUUCUCUUGAAUUUUCUCCAAAAAGUCUACAUUCACUCUUCACACCUUUGUUCUCACUCAGAUGUGCCCCUCUCCUUCCCCAGUGUUUCAGCCACGCGUAUUUUGGAGCACUGAGAGGACUGUAAUACCCAAACCAACACUGGGGAAGAGGAAACACACAAGUUUUAAAAGAUUUUUGACGAGUAUUGUAGCCUCCUUCCUUCAUAGAGUAAUAGUGGUUAAAAUCAUGUCAUCAAAAUCCUUACGCGAUGGACAACAAUUUUUAACCGCUGAGAUAUAAACAUUGCUGUACAUUUAACUUACACCGGUGAACAAACUCACAUAGAAAAUCAAGAUAAAUUCAACAUUAACUUUGAAAAAAGCUUAAAAAAGAGGAAAACCAUGUUAGAAUCAUAUGGUAGGUCUCCAAAUGGAAGUAUUUGCUUUUGCCUUUCAAUCUAUAGAUAUGACUUCUGAGCUGAUGCCUUGAUCAGAGAUAUAACAAAUAAAAAACAUGUUUUUUUUUCUAGUGUCUUGGGUCUUGCCCUAUUGGUGGAUUUCACGAAUGACGGAGAUGACUGAUGAAGAGCAGAAAAAAUAUGUCACGCUUCUUGUCUACGGAUCCAUUACAGCUCUUUCUCUGCUUCUUACAGUGGUCUCAUCAUACUGCUUCUAUCUGGCUGCCCUAAGGUCAUCGGAAAACCUUCACAAUGAGAUGACCAAAGCAGUACUGAGGGCGCCGGUCUUGUUUUUUGACACCAACCCCACUGGCCGCAUCUUAAAUCGUUUCUCCAAAGACAUCAGGAAUAUGGACGAUUUCCUUCCAGGACAAUUUCUCUUCGCAGUCCAGUUAUGUCAGCUUUUUUUCAGCGCCACUUGUCUCUCAGCAGCAACAAAUGUGUGGUUGUUUUUAGUUUGCACUCCUUUGAUAAUUUGCUUUGUUUACCUUACAAAAUAUUAUCUGAAGUCAUCACGAGAGAUCAGGAGGCUGGAGGCGAUUACAAACAGUCCAGUGUAUUCACUUCUUGCUGAUACUGUGGCAGGUCUGGAAGUGAUUCGCUCCUCAGAAAUGGAAGAUGAUUUCCUGAAAAAGUUUUAUCGGUCAGUAAUAGCUAUAAGCAUUUCUGCGUUCUCUCCAAAAUAGACCAUGUCUAGGUUUGCAUCACAUCUUUUGGUCAAAAUUGAGCUAAAAAACUUUAAUAAUGAUAAUGAUGAUAAAUAAAUAAUGCGUUUUAGUUAACCCUAAAGUAAACAUACCAAGCAAUGAACAGAUCGGCUGAUUUGCUUAUAUAGUGAAGGCCAAAGAUCUGUACUACAUGAUUUAGGUGAUCUGUGCCUUUAUGUUGGUUGCAUUGUGUUUAACGGUUGAAAGCAAUACCGAAACAUUGUGUCACAGUUCCGGAAAACGAAACGGAAGUAAACUUAACGGAAGGGGCAAGGGCUGGACCUAGGUUUAUUACCACAGGAUUUAGAGGACGAGGAUUUUUGAGUUGCAAGAUAAAACUUUGAAAGCCAUUUGUUUUUAUGCCAGCCUAAACAUGAGACUGGUAAAAAGACGGAUACUUCUUACUUAUUCUUGUCGUUCGUCCGCAAAAUAAUAGUAAAGUUCUUGAGCUAUAUGUAGUCGACUUCCUCUUAACGUACACCUCUAUAUAAGACAGAUAGUUCGGUAUAAGGGACACAUAGCAUUGGCUUCUGUCUUUCUUCACUCCCUUUAUUUUACUCUCUAUAAGAUUGACAUUACUCCAUAAAGGACACUUGAUGCUUGUACCAAAAGUGUCCGUCUUAGAGAGAGUGGACUGUUAAGGUAUACAGCAGGGAAAUAAAAGUUGAGAUUCUGAAACGAUCCGAAACAUAAAUCAUCCAACUCUCCCCAAGACGGAUACAUUUGGGACCUUUAUUUGGAGAGAAGGGCAGGGACUAACUCUUCGUGUCCGUCUUUUAUAGAGGUAUCAGUUAAGAGAGUCAACUGUAAAUGACCUCUGGCUCUUCCUUUAGGUACCAGGAUAAGAACACAUCAGCCUUGAUAAUGUUAAUGGCCUCAAAACGAUGGCUUUCUUUUCGAGGAGAUAUGUUAACCACAUUUCUUGUUACUGCUGUAUCAGUUGGAGCUCUCCUUGCGUCGCAGAGUCCAGGUGGGUGUUGCCAUACUUAAGAUUAAGGAAGCGUGUGUGGUAAGAUCUUCGUGUACGCAUUUAAAACUGAGUUUGCAUGAUCAAUGUGAAAGACACCAGUGAGUAUCCUCUGUCUAAAAUGUAACCAAACAUGGUAAUUAAAAUAGAGUAAUUUGAAUGUGUUCAAUUAAAUGUUUAGUCAAAUACAAAGUACGUUAAAAGCAGCACAUGCUCGAAUUCUCAAUUGAACUGGGGAUCUCCUUCCAUGAAUGAACCCCUGAAGUUACCAAAAAUAACAUAGGUAUUACUGACCAGCUGAAACCUGUCAUAGCUAUGGAUGUCAUAUGGAUGGAUGUUUUGCAUAACAAAAGGCAUUAGGACUUUUUGGCGUUAAAGCACUUGUCUAAAUUUUAUUUAUUAUUAUUUUUGUUUAACUCAGGGAAAUGGACUUCACUUUUUAAAUUGUCGAUACUUUCUGUUGUAGCUUUGGCAGGCCUUUCGCUGGCCUUUGCAGCCGAGACAUUGGAUAGCAUGCAGUUUGGCAUUCAAAUGGCAGCGGAAACAGAAAAUCACAUGACCUCAGUAGAAAGGGUGUUCACCUACACCCAAAUUGAUCCUGAGCCUGGUUACAACACCGACACCCAACCUCCUGAAACGUGGCCAACCGAAGGCAAUUUAAAAUUAUGUGACUUAUCAUUGGCUUAUUUGAAAGGAGCUCCUGCAACGUUGAAUAACAUAAACAUCACUGUCGCUGCUAAAGAAAAAGUUGGUGUAGUAGGCCGCACGGGCGCAGGAAAAUCGUCUUUAGUCGCUGCUUUAUUUCGCCUUCCACAGCCUAAAGGCAGCGUAAGAACUAUUUCUUUCUUUUGGAGUAAUUUCCCAUUCCGAUGUUUAUUUUCCCUUAGUAAAAGAAGCCCCUUUAACUAAAGACACCGCUAUUUAUUUCACCGCUUGUCGAUGAUUGACAUUGCCCUGUGAUGGUCAAAAGGUGUUCGUCUGCAAGGUCCCAUAAACGACAAUCCGACUAAUUCGCCGGAUGAACAGCAAAUGAAAAAAUGUAGUUGGCUACUUGACUGUAAAUUAUUAAUAUUGAAGCAGCAUUUGAAAUCAGAAAUGAUGAAGAAAACAGAACCUCUCCACAAAGGCCAAAAAGAAAGUGGCCCUUAUAUCAAGGUUCAAACAAGAGUAAAUGUAGGGAUUGUCCGCCAAAAAAAGGUACCGUUCUAGAGAAGUGGUCGUUAUGGAAAGAUGGCCUGCUAGUGGAGGUUCUACUGUAAAAUUGAAUAACAUUUAUUAUACUACUACAUGAGAAAUUUCUGCAAUUUGAUUGGCUUGGAGCAGUGAUAUUUCAGCUUAAUUUGAAAUAGCGACAUGUGAAAAUUACAAACCUUCCGUGGAUAGUAGUAUAAGCAAAUAAUAGCAGGAUUCGUACGUGAUAUUUGGCAUAAAUACCACUCUCGAUAUCACGAUUGUCUCAAAUUUCACUUGCCUAACGGCUCGUGAAAUUACGUAUAACAAUUUCGAAAUAUCACUCGUGGUAUUUACGCCAAAUAUCACUAUAAAUCAUGCUAUUACCUAUACUAAUUAUUCAACUAUCGGAAUUUCUUAUACAUUCAACUGCAAUAAUCUCCUUUACAUUUAUCAAUUCAAAUCUGUCAAAAUCUGGCUGAAUUCUAUCUUUUCAUUGUCACAGGUGGUCAUAGAUGACGUGAACAUCCGGGAUCUUAAUCUACAGGCGGCGCGUAGGUCCAUGGCUGUUAUAACUCAGGACCCUGUCCUUUUUAGCGGUAGCCUGAGGGUGAACCUUGAUCCUUUUUCUUUGUAUGACGACCAUGAUGUGUGGAUGGCUUUGGAAGAAGUUCAGUUGAAGACCUUGGUACAACAAUUACCGGGUCACUUGGAGUUUAAGUUGAAGGAGUCUGGGAGCAACUUCAGUGUUGGUGAGCGUCAGUUGCUCUGUUUAGCGCGUGCGCUGUUACAGAAAAGCAAGAUCAUUAUACUGGAUGAAGCAACUGCUAACGUGGAUUACAAGACAGAUCAUCUGAUUCAAAAUGUUAUCCGUAACAGAUUCAAAGAAUCCACGGUAUUAACUAUCGCUCAUCGCUUGAACACCAUUAUGGACUAUGACAAAGUGAUAGUUAUGGAUCAAGGUCGAUUGGUGGAGUUUGAUAAGCCUGAGGUGCUUUUGCAGAACAAGACUGGAUUUUUUUCCCGUCUUGUUCAAUCUCACAACACCUCAGAAAAUCAGUCACAAUAA